GGAGAUCAUUUCUGCUCAAGUCGAUUCUUGCGUCACCACAUAGAUUUAUAAAAAGGCCGUGGGAUCUAUCCUAAUUUUCCCUCUAUUUUUCCCCUCAUGUUCAAUAGCUGCUCUCUCUGUAAAUGUAAUGCACGGCUGACACAACCUGACAAUAACACACUAUGAUGGUUCAGUAUCAAGCUAUAUGAAUUAUGCCGGCAGAUGAUUGUAUGCAAAGUUAUUCUUCUCACCAGUCUGUCUGUGUUGAUCACGUGUUUAUAUCCCUGUGAGCUGCUGCAUAUCAAGACAUGAGCGCCACUGAUUGACUUUAAAGAUCCAGUGUGUAGGAUUUAGUGGCAUCUAGUGGUGAGGUUGCAGAGGAGACACUUCUCCCAUGUGCUAAAUCUGUAGGAGAACUAAGAUGGUGGACGAGAAAGUGGAUGUCCCCAGCAAUUUGUUUGAACAGUUUGCCUUACUGCCCAUACUGUUACAUGUAGGUAAAAUGGUGAGACAAAAAUGGAUGAAUAAUAAAUAAAUAAAAAUCAGAAAUAAAAUAUAUGCAAAGGGGUUCAAUGGAAUAAAGGAGUCUAUAAAUAAUAAAGUUAAUAGACAAACAAGACAUAAAUUUACAGAGAAUUUAAAAGACAAAUUUCAAACGUAAUAAAAGAUUUUGAAUACCAGUUUUACAACGACGCCCUGAUGGCAACAGAAAAUUCGCCUGUAAAAACAUCCAGAAAAAGCUAAAAUAGUGGCUUUGUUGAUGUAGAUGAAGGAUUUAUGUGGAUAUAAACAGCUCAUUCUAAGGUAGUAAAGACACAUUGAAUCUUGUUUUUAGGUGAUAAAAAACAAAUGAAAACAUUUAUGAAUAUUAUUUUUCCAUUUCUGCCAAUAGAUGCCCGUAAAUCCCACACACUGGACCUUUAAAAGAGGACUUAUUGUGUGUAUAUGUAACACCACAUUCCAUACACGCAGGAAUAUGCUCAACAAGAGGAAAAGCAUAUAGAAAGUUUAGUGGUGUUUCAAAUAUUUUUAUUUAACAAACCCACCUUUAAAUUUUCCUUAAAAUAGAGGUUUUUUUGGAUCUGUACCGUUCUAAAGUGUUGGGUUGUUAAUGACGUCACAGCAGAAACUGUCAGAUCAAGUUUUUUGCAUGCAGUAUAAAUGUAUUUUUACCUAUUGUAUUGAAAUAUUUCUGCAUACUGGAGGCUCCUAAAAAGUGUACACAAAUUGGGUUUGACUGGAAAGCUCAGAUUCUCGUGGAUUCGGUGAGCCUAGUUUUAUUCAUGUGUGAUGAUGUUAGCUCCCAUAGAAGCCAUUUCAUUGUAGUGAGUGACUUGGAAACGAAUAUUGCCAUAUAAAAUUACCUAUUGAGACCUUCAGGAUAAUCAGAGCCUUGUGAAACUUUACAACCACAAACUAGAGACCCCGGGCAUCCAGAGGAUGUGUAGCUUUCAUAGGUAUAUUGACAAAAAAAAACUGGUUUAUCGGCAGUUUUCAGAACGGAAGUACUCGCCAUCGAAUCUGCGAAAAAUGCAAUUCCUACAGAAAAUCUCCAAAUGGCAAAAACCUCAUAUACCAAAUCAUUAAAUGGAUUUUACUGUGGUUUUCCUCAAGGUCCUGGGGUCUCAUUUAUAAAACAAUGCGAAGGAUCCAUACUAAGAAUGUACGUAUGAACAAAAGAAUGGUGUGUGCUGAGGCUUCCACCUCACUAUCUGUGUUGCCAAUUUCCCAUCUCCAAAAUGUCUGUGAGCAUGGUUUAAAGGUUCUCCCAUCAAAUGUGUUUUUAUAGGUCACAACUUUUGCGUGGGAAGUGACGUAAGUCUCUUUCGGGCCUUGUUUUGUGCAUAUGCAGUGUUAGUGUGGUAUUUUGGAGGGAUUUUGGACUGCUUUUAUCAAUUCUCGAGUGGUAAAAACAAUGCUUAAAUUAGGCACCAAAGCUGUGUAACAAAUGGUAUCAACCCCAAAAAAUACUGCAACAACUCAUGAGACUUGACAGUGCAUGGGAAUGUCCAUCAUAUACUCUCAUCAUAAUGUUCUGAGCACUUAUACACUCUAAACCUUUAAAAGUUUUAAUAGGCACCUAACCAAAACACAAUAUUUAUUACGUAUAUGACUAGAAAAACUCGACAGACAGUGCUGAGAUGCAUCUUAAAUUAAUUUUUAGGUUCCAGUUUUCAGAUGACUAUUGCUUCUAUUUAGCAUCUACCACUGACCUGCUAACUUCCCUUAAGAUCCUCUGUCCCUGCCCAAAAAAAAGGUCUAUUUAAUUCAGUCAAAGUCAAGAGGAAAAUCAGAUACCAAAGCUCAUUUGAUCUACACAGAUAUAAGUAUUUUCUGACUCUAAACUCAAUUUCAUCUUUAAAAUUAAAGCCACAGUUCGUCCACUAACACCUGAUGAGCUGACAACAUGUGUGUGAUGGUUCCUAUUACUCCCAAACAUCAUCUUUCACAGAGAUGCCUGCAAUGUAUUCACAUGUAUUCACGCGGAUAAUAUGGAUUCAGUUGUCGGCUGCAGAGGAGAUACAAGGCGGGACAGCAGUUAAAGUCUCUUAAAUACCCCCCACCCUCUCUCUGUCUCUCCCUCUGUCACUCACACACACACUGUUUCUCAGUUUGCGUGUCUCUCGCUGAUCAUUUCUAAGCCAGAUUGUCAACAGCGAUUUUUUUUCUCUAGCUCUCCAGAGAAAUGCCACAUGGAUUUACAGAGAGGGGGUUUAAAUUAAGAUGAUAUUAAAAAAGAGAAGAUCUUUGCUAUAAAGGCCAGCUGAGAGCACACAGGAAGGGACUGACGAGCAGACAAGAGGAAGUGUCUCUUUGAAGCUGCGGGCGCUGCCUCUUCUCUGUAUGCUGCCGGGGGUCAGUGCAGUUCAUCCAUGGGAGAAAGUGGUUCACAGAGGGGCUCCUGGUUUCUCCCCUCGUCCAUCCACCCUCUGUUCCUCUCCCAGGUGUCCCCCUCUGCAGACCUGGCUGUUGCUGUCUUUCUUACCUUCACAUGUGUUGUAUCCGUCCUGGGGAAUGGCACAGUGUUGUUAGUCUACUCCAGGAAGAGAAAGAAGCUCAGACCACCAGAGCUCAUGACCGUCAACCUGGCCUUCUGCGAUUUUGGCUUCAGCCUCUUUGGGGCGCCGUUUUCCAUCAUUUCCAGCCUGUGCCACACCUGGGUGUUUGGGGAGACAGGGUGCCUUUGGUAUGGCGUUCAGGGCUUUGUGUUUGGCAUCGGCUCUCUGCUCACCACCUGUCUCAUCUCUCUGGACCGGUGCCUGAAGAUCUGCUGCUUAAGAUACGGUCAAUGGAUCGAGAGGCGCCAUGUGUCUCUGUCCAUAGCGUUGGUGUGGGUUUACACACUGUUCUGGGCUCUGCUGCCUGUGUUUGGCUUUGGAAGCUAUGGACCAGAACCUUAUGGGACCAGCUGCACCAUCAACUGGUGGAGAAUGAGGUCGUCUCUAAAUGACCGAAUCUAUAUUUUCCUCAUCCUGGUGUUAUGCUUCGGGUUUCCUACACUCACUAUCAUCACUUCAUAUGUGGCCAUCCUGCUGACGGUCUACAGAUCUAAUCGCACUCUGGCAUCUAUACCGUCCUCCUCUGUCAGCCACACCAGCAAAGACCUGAGACUUGCAAAGAUGGCUGCUGUGGUGUGCAUCAGCUUCCUCAUGGCCUGGACACCCUAUGCCACUGUGUCUCUGAUGUCUGCACUCAUUCCCAGAGAUGACCAAGAAGCAUCUUUACAGACUGCGGUGGAGGAGACCACCAACAUCCCAUCAUUACUCAACUGGACAGCUACAGAAUAUUACAGACAAAUCUCCUACAGCACUGAUAACAAGUGGAGCGAUGUGAGCAACAUGAAUUCGGCCUCCAUCAUCGGUUUGAGUGACGCCUUGCUCAGGUCCACCCUGGACAGUGAAGCUGAGCUAAUGACCACGAGCCCUCAGCUACUCUCCUGUUUCCCACCUGUAGUCACCUUGAUCCCUGCUAUGUUUGCCAAGUCCCACUGCAUGAUUAACCCUUUAAUCUACCAGAUCAUGAACAGGGAGUUCAGGGAUGACGUCUGUGUGAUGGUGUUAGGCCAGGAGAAGGCAGAGAGGAGGCGAAUGCAGGGGAGGAAGGGGAGCUCAUAUGAACGGACCAUCAGCCUCUCCUACUGCCACAGUUGGAAGAGGAAAAGUUGCAAGCCCAUGUCCUUGACUGUUGAAAGAAAAAAAGAAAUCAAAAGAAACAGAGGAACUGAGAGAGCAGGAGUGGAGGAGGAACAGACUCCUGGGCAAAUGAUAAGUCAGUAG